AUGCACAAAAGUAACAAAGCGGCAUAUUACACAAUACCGUAUGAGGCGGUAUAUCAAAACAUCGACAUAAAGUUAAACUUACCCUGUCUUGAUUACAUAGAAAGAGCGGGGCUAGGUGGGGCAGCUGCAAAUGGUAUUUUUGAACAAUAUGUGAGGGAAGAGUGGCCAGAUCAUAUCAUCAUUUUUACAGACGGUUCGGUAAGAAGGAAUCCGGAUGCAGCAGGUUAUGGAAUCUACUCCAUAAAAGGUGAGAUAGAAGAGGCGCAUGGGUUAACAAAAUAUAUGUCUAUAUUUGCUGCGGAAAUGCAAGCGAUAUGCAGGAGUCUGGAUAUAAUUAAAAUGAAGAGGUGGGGGAAAGUGAUUAUAUGUUCAGAUUCAUUAAGCGCAUUGAAGGCAAUAAGCAACAUCGUAAUGGGGGCCCAGUGCCACUAUCUACUUAUAAAAGUGUUAAAAAUUCUUUCGGAGUUGAGCAAUAACCACCAAGAAGUAAUAUUAGUAUGGGUACCAUCACAUUGUGGCAUAAUUGGCAACGAAAGAGCUGAUGAAUUAGCAAAGAGUGGCUUGGAUUUACAACCAGAACAAAUUAAGCCCGAUUUCUUGGACAUAUGCAGAUAUUAUAAAGGAAAAAUCUUUGAAACUUGGUCCAAAGAAUGGGAAGAGUCGUCACUGAUAAAAGGCAGAUGGUAUGCGCAAAUACAAAAUGAACCUACCAAGAAGAACUGGUUCGAGAGUUACCCCCCUGCGUCCAGAUAUUUCUACACCUUAAUGAGUCGCCUAAGAACAAACCAGGCAACAACAGAAAACUAUUUAUACUGA